UCACAUUAAGGGCCGGUUUUUCAAUAGUCAGAUAAAAUCUCAGAUAGCUAUCUAAUGAAUAAAAUUAUUCGGCUGUUUAUUCUAUUGAAUAAAGUCUUGGAGUGUUUCAAUCACCAUUUAUCUGGCAGAUAGCUACUCCAGUGCAUUUAUAAAAAGGUGGCAACAUGAUUAGUUGUCAAAAAAAUUAGAGUGAAAGCAAGUUAGCGUAAUACCUUACGAUAGAAAAGAACAACUAUUACGUUGCUUAAAUUGAUAAUUUAUUAUUUUCCAAGUUUCAAUUGUUUAGCAAGCGCAAAAUGGAAAUUGUAGAAAAUGCUGCCUUAAAAAAAAGGCAAAGGUCUGCCAAUUUCACACAAAUUGAAGUGGGAAUGUUAAUAGAGCUCGUUGGUAAAUAUAAACAUAUUUUGGAGAACAAGAAGACAGACGCUGUUAGCAACAAAGAGAAGGAGGCGUCUUGGGAGAAGGUAUCAAAUCUUUUUAAUGCAUCCUCCGGUACAACAUCACGAACAGCAUCGACCUUAAAAUUAAAAUACGAGGGAAUGAAAAAGUCGCUGAAGAAGAAAGUAGCUAUUAAUCGACAGGAGCUUUAUAAAACUGGCGGCGGAGCUCAUUCUCAAAUUCCGUAUUCGAGUGUGGAAAAUCGCAUUUUAUCUAUGUCUUCCAAUAUAGAUGGUUUGGAAAAUAGGCAUGACUCCGAUGGCAUUGAAGUAUUUUCAGGUUCACAAUCAGAGCAUUUGAUUACUUAUGAAAUUGAUGACACGCUAAUGCCCGCCGAUGCUGCAAUUGAAUGCAAAGAAGUCGAGAUAACUACGACAACCAAUAACGCAGCAACAGGUCAAGGCGAUUUCGAAGAAGUUAUAGAAGUGCAGAAAUGGGACAAUUGGUCUCCUCAGGCUUUGAAGCAACCUAUUACACCAGUUUUGAAAAAAACUAGCACAAAACGGAAAUCAGAAAAGUCUAAAUUUGAACAACUUACAGAUGCAAGAUUGGAGUUAGUCAAAAUACAAAUAGAGAUGGCUAACAAGGAGUUGAAGCAAAAGGAGAAGGAACACGAACUGCGGAUAGCUUAUCUUAUGAACGAAGAACAGAGAAAAGUGGAAUUGCACAAUAUUCAAACACAAAAUUCGCAGUGUCUUCCAUUCUUUAACAAUCAUAAUUUGGACUAAUCUAAUUUAUUUAAAUAUUGCUUUCUUUAUUGUUCUCGAAAUCAUUUGAUAAAAUUUUAUACAUUUAUUUUUUACCACAUACACUCAAGGCCAAAAGAAUAGCUGUGCGAUAUUUCGACCAGUUUUGACUAUUUUUUCUUUUAUUUAAUGUUCAUUAAUUUUACUGUAUAUAAACGUCUAGUUCAAUAUAUA